AUGUCUCCGGCAGGGUGCGGAUCGUGGACGUACCAAUCCGACGUCGUGAGGCUGAUCGUCGAGAAGGAGGAGCUCGACCUCGGGGAUUUCUUCGAUAAUCAGGAAUGGCUCCUGAUGGGCGCAAGUCUAUCCAACGGCACGAUUCGGCAUAUCGACAACGAAAGCUUUUCCAUGGUCACCAUCAACGUACACUUGAGACGCCAGAGCUUCUACUACGUCUUCAACCUGGUCUUCCCGACGACACUCGUCUCCCUGGUCGCCGUCAUUGGCUUCCAUGCUCCAAUUAACGCGACCGGGAGGAGGGAGAGCAAAUUUCGAUUAGGCAUUAUGACCUUGCUGUCGAUGUCCGUCAUGUUGUUGAUGCUCGUCGGGGAGAUGAAGUUUGCGAUGGAGAGUGUACCUGGGCAGCGCGGAUCUUUCUCAGAUGUGCCGUUGUUAGGCAUUUACUACAUGACGCUGAUCCUCGUCGUCGGCGUGGCAACCUGUACAACCUCGAUUUUUGUCCAUCUGGAGAAAUAUGCAUUGAAAAACCCAUCGAUACAGGCAGUGCCAUCCUACCUUCGGUUUUUGAUGGCCAAGAAACUAUUCUUCUGCUACGUGCCGAAAAAUUUUCGGUUUUAUCCGAAGGGUGACGACAUCUCGAGAAAUAACAACGUGGCCGCAUUCAGCCGGCAUUCCACCCCUGAAAGCACACUGAUGCGGAAUUUAAUUCCGAAUAAUGUGAACUUCACAGAACUUAACCAGGACCAACCACUUACUACUGAAGUUUUGCUAGAGGGCCCCGCCCAGUCCAGGCAGCGCCUCGACAUCAUUAUCCAGUUGAUACGGGAGAUUAUUCAAAUUAAGGAAUCGAUGCGACAUCGCGGGUUUUUGACGGGUUUCUGGGAGCGCAUUCUGCGCCGCCUGGAGACGAUCUCACUAUCAUUUUUCUUGUCGUUAAUCGCCCUUAAUUUGUUCCUGUUUUUGUGCCCCGAGCUGUGGUAUGGACCC